AUGAAAUUCUUCUACCAGGUCAUCACGACCCCGACGGCCGAUACCCCCGGCACGGCCGUUUGCCUCAACUUCUCGGACAAGCGGUACUUUUUCGGUCAGCUAUCGGAAGGAAUACAGCGGGCAUGCACAGAGCGCGGGGUCAAGCUUUCCCUCCUCACCGAUGUGUUUGUCACAGGACGUACAGAAUGGGCCAACACAGGCGGGCUGAUUGGGAUUAUUUUGACCCUUGCCGAUACGGUGUCAACCUCUAUGGCGGCCGUCGAGGAGGAAAAUCGGAAAAAGGCUGCCCGUAGGGCGCAAAGGGAGGUUGAAGAAAAUAUUAAACUCAAAACCCGCGCACCUCAGCAACAUGGCAGGGCAACUGUGGAACGGGAAGGCGAGGUGGUCUUGCAGAGAGGCAACUUGACGAUUCAUGGUUCUGUGAAUCUUACACAUACACUCGCUACGUCUCGGCGCUUUGUUUUCCGGAAGGGCAUGCCGGUGUAUUUGAAAGAAUAUGACUCGGAGACACUCGCCAAGCGGACGUCUAUCGGCGCCGAGGAUCCCUUUGAGAAGCCCUCAUGGUCUGACUCCAACAUCAAGGUGUGGGCCCUGCCUAUUAACCCUCAUCCAUCGGCUCGUCCUCGAGUCAUGCAGCCGCUGUCACAGAGUCCACGAAAGCGGAGCUUGGACGAGUUCCAGGAAUCCGAACAGACCGAAGCUCAAAUGGACCAGCGUACUAAGAAUCUGAUCGUGACGAAGUCCAUUGUGCAGGAUAUGUUCAACUCAACAUGGAAGAUGGAUGCCCUCCAUGAAACCCCAUUGGCCGAGGUCAAGAUGCCGGCCGCCAUAUUCAUUCGCAAUCCAGAGACCAAGGACCUUGAGCAAUACAAAGGUCCGGUGCCGGGUGGCCCAGACGCGCUUCCAGACAUUAAGGUGCUCGUUAGAAAGCCCUGGCCCGGUGCUACUGUAGACAGUCUCCCGAUCACGUCUCCUUCGAAGGAGGCAGUCUGCUAUAUUGUGCGGAACCACGAUAUUCGCGGAAAGUUCGACCCAAAGAAGGCUGAAGAAUUGAAGGUUGAGAAGGGUGCUAAGUACGCAGCGUUGACGAGGGGCGAGAGUGUUCAAUCUCUGGAUGGAAAGAUUGUCACCCCAGAAAUGGUUUUGGGACAGACGCGAUCCGGAAAAGGUGUUGCCAUCAUGGAAGUGCCAUCGUCGGAGUAUGUCGAGGACCUGGUUACUCGGGCCGAAUGGAAGUCACCAGCUGUGACGACCGAGUUGCAAGCCUUCAUCUGGAUUCUUGGACCAGGGGUGGCGGAACAUCCUAGAUUUCAGGAGUUCGUUGCCAGCAUGUCCCACUGCAAGCACACUGUGUCGAGCACAGACCAUUGCCCGAACUAUCUUGCGUUUACCAGCUCUGCCAGCUCGACUGUUCGACUCGCCCGUUUGAAAAGCGACAGCUAUGCGGUUCCUGUUCACGACAAUGUGUCUCUUCCCCAACCCGGAACUCCUAAUGCCAAUUCAAAAUCUGCAAUUGCUGCUCGCGGUGAUUUUCCAUUGCAGCCCCUUGAACCUGGAUUCAUCAUCAACAUGGAGCCCAGUUUUGGGUUCAACAGGGACGAGGUGAUGUCCCGCUUCAACCCAGCGAAUGCAUUGCAUACCAUCCCACGUUCCGUUGAGCAACGGAUGGAAGUCAUUCGCCAACGCGUCGCUAAGCCUGCAUUCCAGAAAAAGUUGCACGCGCAACGGACACAAUGGCCUGGAGCAGAUGCAGAGAUCAUUGCGCUAGGUACCGGUUCCUCUGUUCCCUCCAAAUACCGAAAUGUUUCUGCCACACUGCUGAAGGUGCCUGGAUAUGGCUACUAUCUGCUUGAUUGUGGCGAGAAUACUCUUGGUCAACUGAAGCGAGUUUUUGAGCCUGAAGAACUCCGCGAAGUGCUUCAGAAUCUGCGAAUGAUUUGGAUCAGUCAUUUGCACGCAGAUCAUCACCUAGGAACGGUUUCUGUGAUCAAGGCCUGGCACACAGAGAACUUCAAGAGUGGUUCUGGCUCGGCACUUAGACGUGAAACUGAUAUGGCCAAGAUUCUCCAGGAGAAGCGUCUGGCUGUUGUGUCUGAUGAUGGAAUGAUUUCCUGGUUGGAAGAAUAUUCACAGGUCGAGGACUUCGGAUUCGACAAAUUGCUUACUCUUUCCGCCCGUCCUGAAUUUAAUGGUUCUCAAAUCAUCACCACAUUCUCACACCAACUACCUAAUGGUCAUCGCCAAGCUGUUAAUUUCACGGACAAAUCGUCACCACUCACUCCUCUUCUCAAGUCUGCCACCGGCCUUGCAGAUCUACUCACUUGCCGCGUCAAACAUUGCAAGGGUGCGCUCGCUGUUUCUUUUGUCUUCUCGAAUGGAUUCAAGGUUUCCUACUCUGGCGACUGCAGGCCAUCGGAUAAAUUUGCCAUCAUUGGACAGGGCUCAACCGUGCUCAUCCACGAGGCUACUUUUCAACACGACAUGGUCGGAUCGGCUAGGGCCAAGCGGCACUCGACCUCCUCCGAGGCAAUCGAAGUCGGUCGCCGCAUGCAAGCGCGUGCUGUCCUGCUCACACACUUCAGUCAGCGCUACCAAAAGAUAGCUUUUGUAGAUAGGCGAACCCCAGGCAAAUUACAGUCUAGCCGGGACGCAGCUGCAAAGGAGCCCGCAGAUGCGGACAUCCCAUUCGACGACCCUCAGGAUGAAUUAGUGGGCUCCAAAGACGCCCCACUGUCCGACGACAUCAACUCCGGGGGAGCUGGCCAAAAGUUCGGCGGGUAUACUGGCCCCGUUGCCGGAGCGAUGGACUUCAUGCGCAUCAAGGUUGGUGACUUUGCCCUUGCGCAAGCAUAUGCACCAGCACUGGAGAAGCUCAUUGAACUCUUGGAGCGAGCGGCGACCGAGGAAGCUGAGCGUGUGAAGCAGACGCGCCAGGAAGAAGAGAAUGCUCGCAAGGCGAAGAACAAUAAGAAGUUGGCCAAGAAAAUGGCUACUGCUACCGCUGCGGCAGUUGCAGCUGCAGCAACUGAGACUAGCGAUGUCCAGACUGCGCCCACUCGAUCUGUCUGGAGUGCCAGUGAAAGUGAGGAGGGAUGGGAGACGAGUGACUACGAGGAGUGUUCCUAA